AGGGAGCUGCCUCCCCCCUCAUCCCCCCUCCUUCCUCGCAAAAUGUGAAUGAAAUAGAAGAAGAAAAACAGAAACAACAACAACAACAACCGUUAACAUUGACACGUGAGCCGUUUGUUGUUUCGUGGUGUUAUUUGGUCAUUUGAUAUGAUGAAAGUGUCAUGGCGUUGAAGCAGCGCGGCAGUGGGCGGUGAACUGACUGAUGAUUAGAUGUAUGGAGUGGAUCAGGCGGGGAGAGAGGAUGACUCACCCCGCCUGGUGUGAUGCUCAACCCCGCAACAGCACGCCGCUCGCUCCGCCUGACACGUCGCUGUUCUCCGCCAGUGCGAAGUCAAACUUUAUCAACGUGUUCGUGUCACUUCGCCCGGCCCCGCGGCGGCCUGCCCCCCCGUCGGGUUGAAACUUGAGCGGUUGUCGUGCAGACGCGGAGACCGAGCGUCGUGAUUUACCGUACAUUUCGUGACGCCUGAUUGCCAUGGAAACAGUGCUUCUGCCGUGUUAACUUCAGCAUCCAAUCUUUCUGACGGGGUCGGGAAACCUGUUGGAUACCUCACCGUUUCUUUCGCUUUUCUUGUGUUGCUGCCAUUGGCUUCACUUUACAUUUCAUUUUGACCGCAACACAGGUGAGGAUGAUGGAGCUUCAAGCGGAGAAGAGGUUCCACAACUUGACCCUCGAGCAAAUCCAAGCUCUGGACCAGGUCUUGACUGAGGUAAUCCCCAUCCACGGACGAGGGAAUUUCCCCACACUGCAGGUGAGAGCGAAAGACAUCAUUCGCGUGGUGAAGGAUCGGCUGAUCGAAAGAGACAUCCAGGUGAAAGAUAUACGGCUGAAUGGCGCGACUGCCAGCCACGUCCUGGUGAGAGAUAACCGCAUGGGCUAUCGAGACCUAGACAUCAUCUUUGGAGUGGAGCUGCCCCGGCAGGAGGACCUGCAGGUGAUAAAGGAGGUGGUGCUGGGCAGCCUACGUGACCUCCUCCCUUGUGGAGUUAACAGACGGAAGAUCACCUGCCUGACGAUGAAGGAGGCCUACGUGCAAAAGAUGGUGAAAGUCUUUAAUGAGCACGACAGAUGGAGCCUGAUCUCGCUUUCUAACAACAGAGCUAACACCGUGGGGCUCCGAUUCAUCAGCUCCCUUCGAAGACAGUUUGAGUUCAGCGUGGACUCCUUCCAGAUAAUAUUAGACCGUGUGCUGGAGUCUUACUGGGAGACUGAACGGAAACAGGGAGGAAAGGUGGCAUUGAAUGCUGGGGAUUUGUCUCAAAGAGACAGUGAGGAAGAAAAGAAACCAAGCGUUCCGCGGGAUGUUGAAAAAGACUCUGGCGGCCAAAUUCCAAACCCGAAUGAAGCAGCUUCUGUGCCUGAGAAAGGUCAUCCACAUACAAAGGUUCUGCAUGUGGAUGGAAAGGCCCAGGAGGGGUUCGAACACAAGGCCGUCGCCUUACAGCAGGAGGAAGUAGAUGGCAUAGAAGAUGUUCAUUCAGAGGAGGACAUUGUGUUUGAGCUCUGUGACGGCAACGGAGAAGAGAAAGGACAGUUCCACAGGGGUUAUCCUUUAGUCCCAUCUCCUGAAACUUUACACACAGAUGUCAGGGAUCCGCUGAUGACGCAUGCCUGUUUAAAGCCGCAGAGCAGUGAAGAGCCGUCUGCAUCACAAGCUUCCCAAUCAACAGAAACCGCAGCUCCACAGGAAAACGUCCAUUGUGCGGAGAUGACUCAGUUCAAAGUGAUCGGCAGCAUUGAAAAUACGUCAAGCCCACAAUAUUCACAUCAUGAAUAUUCCUUUCCUCCUCCAGCGAAGAAAACUUGCAGCAUAUCACAGGGCGUUGUACCGGACUAUUGCCAUUCACCAAAAUUACAAAGGAAAAUGUCAAGGAAGUUGAUCAGUACUCCUGAGAAAUGGUCUUUACUGACUGAUUUAUCAGAUCUUACGACACAGCUGUUUCCACCAAUAGACAUACCCAAACCACUUCAGCCUCCUUCAGUGGACGGUGCUCACGUUCAUGGCUCAAAUGUUGCAUCCUCCAAGCCAGAGGCCGCAGACGCCCUCACAGUUGUCUCAUGCCAUCCAGCCAGCACGCCUCAGGAUGGGACCGUCUCCAACGAAACGGUGGAACAAACUGUGAAGCCGAAACACUCGAAGAAGCCUCCGGAUUCACGAGCACAAAUCCACACACGUGCAGUGCAUGCUCAGCCUCAGAUCAAUGAGCCACCAGCAGAGCAGGCGGACACUGUCCCCAACAGGUGCGGGGCAAGCUCAUGGGCCGGGGCAGAAGGGGGGCCCGCCAUCACCGUGGAAGCGGAGUGCAUGUACGGAGACUUUGAACAGGCGAUGGACCACCUCCGCCACCGUCUCAUCGCCACACACAACCCGGAGGAGAUCCGGGGUGGGGGCCUGCUGAAGUACAGCGACCUGCUUGUGAGGAACUUCAGACCGGCCAGCGAGACAGAGAUCAAGUCCUUGGAGCGAUACAUGUGCUCUCGCUUCUUCAUCGACUUUCCCGAUGUGAGCGAGCAGCAGCGUAAGAUCGAGGCCUACUCGCAGUGCCAUUUCCUUGGCAACGAGGAGACGAGCAAGUACGACUACCUGAUGACCCUGCGGCGCGUGAUAGACGAGAGCACGGUGUGUUUGAUGGGACACGAGAGGAGACAGACGCUCAACAUGAUCACAGUCCUGGCUCUGAGGGUGCUGGGCGAGCAGAACGCCAUCCCCAACACGGCCAACGUCACCUGUUUCUACCAGCCGGCACCGUACAUGACGGAGCCAAUUUACAGCAGCUACUUCAUCACCCAGGCCCAGCCGCCGCUCGUCUACCACCCCUACCCGCUCCACGUCCACAUGCAGACGGGCCUGGUGUAGCUCCAGUGACGUGCCCACGGGGAGGCAUGUAGGCCGCUUUCAGCACGAUGCUCUGCAAGCAGAGGCACAAAUGGAAGUUUUAAAAACAACAAGCAACCACGGGCGCAGUGUUGUUUGAUGAUGCUUCGAACCCCCUCGUCCCCCUCGUCCCCCUACUGCUUAUGACAUGAAAGAUCAUUUUAAAAAAAAAAUGGCCUGAAGAGGGGUCUGGAGGCAAAGCAUGUCACCCUUUCAAGAUGAACACUUUUGGAAAGGAAAGAAAUGCCUGGAGCCCACUCACUCGAGAGCUCGGAGAGAGGAUUUCAUUCCAGUGGAGGGACUUUGUUUACGUCUGUUUCCGCUCGGCGAUAUGAGGCAGGGCUCCUUACGCUGGUCAUCAUCCCGUGUGAGGAGAAUGUUGUAAUGUGACAAUUCUCUAAGGCUUGGAGAUCCACUUCUCCAACAUAAUAACACAUAAUCUAUGGAACACCUGUUGGCAGCAAAAGUCUGAUUAAUGAUAACUCCUUAAUGUUUCUGAGGGUUAAAACCCUCAUAUAGCUGUUUUGUGAAUCUCUGUGGAGUAAGUUUCAGCACGUGAGUAUACCUGUGUAUUCACCGUAUAGAAAUAGGGAACCUUUUACUGAGGGCGGAUAUUAGACAACAUGUCCUGUGGUGUGUCCAUGUUACCGUAGGUUUUAUAUUUAUGAAUGUAAACAACUUAUUUCAAAGGUAGAAACAAGAGAUCCAAGUAGGUUCAAUUAGGGACUGUAUAUGAAAACUAUUUGGGGCGGUGAGAGAGGACCUUAGGAAAACAUCUUAUUCAGAGUUUCAUCUUCAUCAUGGACUGUGUGGGUGGGGUUUAAUCUGAUUUGAUUGGCAGUGGCCUGGCAUCAUGUGCAAACAACACAGCAACUCUCAACAGAGUUUAAUUUAAAUGUUGCUAAAUGACACAUGAAUGACAAAAACAGUGAAACAUUGGGUGGAAAAAACCCUCUCAGACUGGAAGGCAAAUGUUUCCGAGGCCUUUAAUGUUUUCUUUGAACAUUAUUAUUAUUAUUCAUGCAGCUAUUAACUGCACUGCAAAGAAAAGCUGAACAAUACAAAAAGGAAUAAUAAUAAUGUUGCUACAGCCCCGUAGAUCAGUGGCAGAUGUUUAGCUGUUAUUCAACGCCAGAUGCAUCACAAGAAUUCACCUCCUGAUGGUUUUAUGAAGAAAGCCUCGGCUGUCUUGUUUGUUUGGUUUCCUGCCGAAAACUCCAACCGGCGGAAUAGACUUCCUGUGUGUACGACAUGGUGAACGAGUGGACCGAGUGUCAUCGUGCAUCCAGCAGGUCGUGACUCUGUCCCUAUGUGUUCACUGUGUACAUGCAGAGCUACAGUACAUGUAAUAGGUAUACAUAUUUAUAAAAACAGACAAUAAGCACAUGUGAGCUGUUCAAACAAUCAAUUUGAGACUGAAGCAUGAUGUAAAUGCACAUAUCUGUUAUGAGUAACGAUGGUGUUUGGUGAUGACAUGCUCGUGAAUCUCCAACUAAAUAUUGAAGACGUUGAAAAUACUGUGUGCAGUCGUGAAGUGAUGUAUCUAUCUCCAGACUUUGGGUGUGUUGUGUAUCGUUACAGAACUGUUUCACGAGUAGAGAAAUUAAAAUAUUCCUGUUAUGAUAUCUAGUUGCUCAGAUUGUUGCGUUACUGUUGUAAUAAAUAUAACACAAGCGC